AUGUGCUCCCGCCAGGACAGGGACCAGUGCCACCAGCAGGAACGCUCCUGCUGCCACAGCGGAUCCGGUUGCCAUGGGAGCAGCAGUGGAUCUGGUUGCCAUGGGAGCAGCGGAUCUGGUUGCCGUGGGAGCAGCGGGGGAUCCGGUUGCCAUGGGAGCAGUGGCGGAUCUGGCUGCCAAAGGAGCAGCGGAUCUGGUUGCCACAGUAGCAGUGGCGGAUCUGGUUGCCAUGGAAGCAGCGGUUCUGGUUGCCAUGGGAGCAGCGGAUCUGGUUGCCAUGGGAGCAGCGGGGGAUCCUGCCAUGGAAAGCCGCAGGAGUGCCAGCAGCAAAUCUACCAAGUGUCCUCAAAUAUGAAGUGA